AUGGAGCGUCACGGUGACGAGGGAAGCAAAGAAAUGAAGCGAGUAAAUGUGGUUGUUGGUGCCGCAGACGCCGAGCUGAAGCUGCUCAUGCUAAGGGCAGUGGAGGUGACGCCUUUACCGACCUUCCUUUGCAGAGCGUCGCGUGAGGAGUGUAAUGGCCUGAGGGGGGCCCCCCCGCUCCUACCUGCCCCUGCCAGGUCCAUUCUGCCCAAACUGUCUGCUAAGGCACUGCAACCCACCUCUGCGAUGGGAGACGGAGUGGAGGCGGGCAGCAGCCAGAACCCUCCCGCUGCCCCACCGCCUCUCCCCUUCAACCCCCCUCCCCCCGAAACCUGGAACCCCUCAAGACCCAAGCGACAGACCAACCAGCUACAGUACCUGCUUAAAGUGGUGUUGAAGACAUUAUGGAAACACCAGUUUGCAUGGCCCUUCCAAGCACCUGUGGAUGCAGUCAAACUCAAUUUGCCUGACUACUAUAAGAUCAUAAAGAUUCCUAUGGACAUGGGCACGAUAAGAAAACGCCUGGAGAACAACUACUACUGGAACGCCCAGGAGUGCAUCCAGGACUUCAACACCAUGUUCACAAACUGCUACAUCUACAACAAGCCCGGGGAUGAUAUUGUCCUGAUGGCUGAGGCCUUGGAAAAGCUUUUUCUACAGAAGAUUACAGAGAUGCCGCAGGAAGAAACGGAGAUCGCUGUGGUUACCAAGGGCCGCCGUGGCAGGCGAGAGUCAGCUCUGUCAAAAUCAGAUUCCGGCCAAGACUCUUCCUCCCCUUCCACCACCCCAAACACAAGAGGCUUUUCAUCCCCGUCAACCACUCCGCAGCCCCGUUUAACCCCCGCCCCGGUCCCGACCCCGCCGCUCAUCCAGCCUCAGCCCCCACGCGUGCCUCCCACACCCACCAACCAUACCCCGCUUUUGGGGCCCCCCUUCCCCCUCCCGACCCCGGACGUCCUGGCCCAGGGCAUGACAUCUGUUCCCCCUCCAGCCGUGACGCACCCAGGCCUCCAUCCGGCGCCCAUGCUGCAGAGCUCUCCUGCUCUUAUUAAGCAAAGGAAGAGCCAGAAGAGGAAAGCGGACACCACCACGCCCACAGCCAACGACCAGCUCAGUGAAUCGCCUCCCGUGUCGGACGCCACUCGGCCGCGGCGAGACAGCAACCGACCAUUAAAGCAACCCAAAAGAGACCCCUCGCAGCCAGACUCGCAGCAUCACCUGGGAGCGGGGCUGGAGACGGGGGGGAUGUCGACGCCGAAGCGCCAGGAGCAGCUGCGCUCCUGCGCGCGCCUCGUUCGGGAGAUGCUGUCAAAGAAACACGUGGCGUACGCCUGGCCUUUUUACAAACCCGUGGAUGCAAAAGCCCUCGGCCUUCACGACUACCAUGACAUCAUCAAGCACCCAAUGGAUCUCAGCACCAUCAAGAAAAAGUUGGAUAAUCGACAGUACAGGGACGCCCAAGAAUUUGCAGCAGACGUCAGGGUUAUGUUCUCAAACUGUUACAAGUACAACCCACCAGACCAUGACGUGGUUUCCAUGGCACGCAAAUUACAGGACGUGUUUGAGAUGCGAUUUGCCAAAAUGCCCGACGAUCCGGAGGAGCCCAGCCCUGUCCCCACGCCGUCGUCCGCCCUCCACCCGGCACCCUCCAUCCGACAAGCCGCGCCUCCUUCUGCCGCUUUCCAAGACAACAGCUCCAGUUCCUCAGAAUCGGAAUCCUCUGCAGAAGACUCGGAGCAUGAAAGGAAACAGCGGCUGGCUGAAUUACAGGAACAGGUUAGAGGACGGAGCCUGAAGGGGUGGGGAGGUGUAGGAGAUGCAGAGGGUGGGCGGGCCGCACACAACCAAGCAGUGCUGAAGGCUGUCCACGAGCAGCUGGCUGCCCUCUCCCAGCCCCAGGCCAGCAAGCCCAAGAAGAAAGAGAGAGACAAGAAGGAGAAGAAGAAAGAGAAGCACAAGAAGAAGAUAGGCGCAGAGGAGCCCGUCGAGACCGCUUCCCUCGGGAUGCUGCAGACCUCCAAGAAAAGCAAGAGCAGCAAGGACCCCGUCAUCGCAAAGGACAGGAAAAAGCCCGGUAAGAAAGAAGGCAUCAAAAACAAUCGCCCGGCCGUGCCCCCCCAGCCAGGCCCCAUCCCUCUCGUUCCUUCGGCUUCUCUUGAAGCCGAGGACGACGUAGAUGUGUUUGGGGGCCUGUCUGCUGACAGAUGUAAGCCAAUGUCAUACGAGGAGAAGCGGCAGUUGAGCCUGGACAUAAACAAAUUGCCCGGGGACAAACUGGGUCGCGUGGUGCUCAUAAUCCAGACGCGCGAGCCUUCGCUGAAGAACUCAAACCCCGACGAGAUUGAGAUCGACUUUGAGACACUGAAGCCCUCCACGCUGAGAGAGCUGGAGAAAUACGUCUCCAGCUGCCUCAAAAAGAAGAAAAAACCAUCAGUAGAGAAGUCGCUUGAAUCGACGAAUGUGACGAAGAUGAAGACGGGAUCCUCAUCUUCGGGCAGCAGUGACUCCUCUGACAGUGAAGACUCUGAGAAUGGGCUGGUUCCCAAGCUGCAAAAGAAGACGUCGACCAUCAAGGACACAAAGAGGCCGCCUCAGCAGCCUCUGGGUGGCGGAGUGGGCCCGGUUCCUCCUGCGCCUCAGGCUCUGCCUCAGCCUCUGCCUCUGCCUCUGCCCCUCCCUCAGCCUCAGCUGCUCCAGUCCAAGCCACCGUUCAUCCCCCCUCCUCCCGUCCCCGUCUCUGUCCCCUCUCUGGACUCCUCCCAACUAAUGAGCUCGGGAUUCGAUCCUCUGGCUCAGUUCAUGAACCCGCACCUAACGCAGUCCAACACGGAGCCCAGCGCCACCAUGGCCCCCUCCGCUCCCCCCGUGGCCUCGGCCAUUCUCAACGUAAACGCCCCCGGCAGCCACGCGCCGGCCGAGACGCACCCUUUCCUAAACCAACAUCCCAUACUGCCGUCUCCAGCCGUUCACAACGCCCUCCCCCAGCAGCCGUCGAGGCCGAGCCACCGCGCCGCGCCGCUUCCGCCCAAGCCUCCGCAGCCCCCCCCGGCCCCGCUCCCGGCCCUGCCUCCGUCUCCCUCCCCCCAGCUGCAGCCCGCGCUGUCCCUCAACCUGCCCCAGCCCGCCCCCCGCCCGCGGGUCCCCUCCCCGCCGUCGCACGGCAUCCUGGGAACCCUCUCAGCCCAGCCCCCCCAGGCCCUGCUGGAGGACGACGAGGAGCCCACGGCCGCCAGCGCCGACACGCCGCCGCUCAGCCAGGUCCACAGCCUCCUGCAGUCGCUGCAGGCCCGGCCCGCCCCGCAGCCCCCGCCGCUGCACACGCACUCGCCGCAGCUGGCGCCGCCCAUGCACACGCAGGCCCUGCCCACGCCCGCCCCGGCCCUCCCGCAGAGGCAGGGCCCGGGACACAUGCCGCAGCCCUUCCCGCACACGCACCCGCCGCUGGCGCAGCAGCAGCCGAAGGGGGCGGCGGCCGGGAUGCAGGCGGCGGCGGCCGGGAUGCAGGCGGCGGCGGCCGGGAUGGCGGCGGCGGCCGGAAUGGCGGCGGCAGCCGGGAUGCAGGUUGCCGGGAUGCAAGCGGCCGGGAUGGCGGCGGCGGCCGGGAUGCAGACGGCCGGAAUGCAGGCGGCCGGAAUGGCGGCGGCUGGGAUGGCGGCGGCCCUCCAGCAGAAGGUGCAGCCGCUGCAGCAACAUCAACCGCAGCUUUCGCCACGCGGCAAAGUGGAGCCCUUCUCAACAGGCUGCCUGCGGGAGAGCCCCGAUCCUCUGAUGCAUUCUCCACAGAUGCCUCAGUUCCAUGCAAUGGGACAGCAUUCGCCCACACAGACCAAGAAGCUUGAACAGAGGUCCAACCUCAUUGGAGUUAAAGAGGAGAAGCCUUCACAGUCACCAGUUCUGCCACCGUCACCCUUCAGCCCCGCAGUCCGCCAGGAGACGCAUAAACCCGACAGCAAACACAGGUUAGAUAUAAAGCCAUUGGAUGGUUCACGCCCUAUUCCACACCUUCCGGACUCGCCGGUCCUACCUUGCCCGCAGCAGGACAGCAAGAUCAAGCAAGAACCCAAAACGCCUGUUGCACCCAAGAAGGCACAGGAUACAAAGUUAAAAAACAUGGGCUCCUGGGCCAGCCUGGCUCAGAGGUCUCAGUCCACACCGGCCUCUUCGGUGCGCUCCUCCAGCGAAAGCUUCGAGCAGUUCAGACGGGCUGCCAGGGAGAAGGAAGAAAGGGAGAGACAGCUGAAAGCACAAGCGGAGCAAGCCAGGAGAGAGCAAGAAAAGCUACGCCGUGACGACGACGACACGAUGGAGCACGCUCGCAGAGCUCAAGACGAAACCCGCCGUCGCCAGGAGCAACAGUCGCCUCUGGCCCCAACGCCCCCAGCCUCGACUCCGCCCACUCACUCCCCGCAAGCCCCGCCCCCACCACCGCAAGCCCCGCCUCCAGCGGCC